AUCGAUAAUCCUGAAAUUGACGGCGCAAAGAAUAAAUUGAAAGAAAUUCAAGAUCUGCUACCAACAAAACAUCGCUAUCUGUUGAAUCGUAUCGAUCGUAGGAAUCCCAAAAUGGACGAAAUCAAAAAAGUGUUAGACCAACAUUACGGUGGGCGACAUCAAAUAAUUCCAGCGUUGACGAGAAAAAUUCAGAGUGCGCCGUAUCUAUCGGCCCGACCGCAAUUAAAAGACUACGAAGAAAUGUUGGAAGUUGUUAUAUCAAUCGUCGACACGUUAAAUCUAACGAAUUUAAAGUCUGAAGAUUAUCAUCUGUCUACGUUUGUAAUGUCGAAAAUAGACGAAAUUCAUCAUCAUCACAUUGGAGACGAGUACGAAUUAAAUCUUGAUCAUAUCGAAAAAUUUCUGCGACGAGGGUUGAACAGGAAACAAGCACUAACUGCACGAAUGAACACUAAUCCAUAUAUCAUGAGGGAGCGACAACGAGUGAUCAACGGUACGCAACCAAGUAACGGUAGGAUGACCACCAAUCCAAACGGAUGUUUCUUCCAAGACGGUGAUCACACAACAGACGAAUGUCAACUGACAAUGGAUCAACGUAGACAAUUUAUCAUGUCGAACCGAUUGUGCCUCAAAUGUGGACAAGAAGGUCACAACAGUCGAGAAUGUGCAACAACGAACAGAUGUCAUAUAUGUGGACGAAAUCAUGUUUCAUUUUUGUGUUAUCAACGGACAACCAUACAUCGACGUACCGAAACAGAUAGAUCAGUGAAUAAUCAGUCAAGAAGUUCAACAGCAGCCGAGCCAGUGGCAACGAGUAGUCAACCAUCGUUACUAAUACAAAAUGGACGUAGCAUGCAUAAAACCCUAGUUACCGAAAUAAACGGGGAAACAGUGCGGGUAGUGUUCGACGAAGGAGCAAGUUCAUCAUUCGUAUCAUCGAGAUUAGCUGAAAAAUGGAAUGUCGAAAAAAUUCGUACAGAACCAAUAGUCAUGGAGACAUUGAGCAAUACUGGACCAACAACGACAGGACAUCUGAUGAUAAAAGUAAAAAUACCGACAUGGGGUGGGCGUCAUAAAGAAUUAGGAUUCCGAAUAAACGAUAAAGUUGAUAAGCUAAAAUUUGAAUGCAUCGAACAUCAAUCAAAUACAACUGGCGGAAGAACGACGACUAUCGAAAAACGUAAUGGCGAAACGAACAACAAUAGGAUGGGUGGUAUAUGGCGUGUCGAAAACUACAAACGUACUGCUCAAUUUAAAUCAAUCAACAACGAUGGAAUCAACAUUAGACGUAGACGUUGAAACGGGAGAGAAGGUAGAGAAAUUCAUUGACGAUCAUGGCAACAAUAAAAAUGUAGAAUAUAGUGCAACAUCGAAAAAAUAUGAUGUGAAAUUGCCGUUCAGUCCCAACA